CCCAGACUAGCCUUUCCAGAGAAAGUGUGAAGCUCAGCAGAAAAGUAAAGAAAGUCCUGCGGAUUAAUUCUCAGCCGUUUAGAAACCACAUGGUCACCCUUAAGCCACUAGCAGUCGCCUGGGGGCGGACUUCACUCUUUUACCCCGUAAAUAUAAAUAACCAGAACAACCGACGGGUCCCCCCUCCUUCUCCAGACCCUUAGAUGGGAAAGGAAAACUGCAAAUCGCACCGUCAGUAACGCCGGCUGGGACGAUGGCAACACCUGUAGGGAUGAUGGAAGCGAUAUUUUCCAGAAAUAAAGAGGAGCACCCGGAGCCCCUCCGAGCAGAAGUGCAGGGUGAGAUCCCAAGCUGGAUGGAGGGGAUCCUUCUCCGUAACGGUCCAGGCAUGCAUACAAUCGGGGAAAGUCAAUACAAUCACUGGUUCGACGGCAUGGCUUUGUUGCACAGUUUUACAAUUAAAAAUGGUGAAGUUUUCUAUCGAAGUAAAUACCUCCGCAGCGACACAUACAAUUGCAAUAUUGAGGCAAACAGAAUCGUGGUGUCAGAAUUUGGAACAAUGGCUUAUCCAGAUCCAUGCAAAAAUAUAUUUGCCAAGGCAUUCUGUUAUUUAUCCCACACAAUACCUGAGUUCACAGACAACUGUCUCAUCAACAUAAUGAAAAAUGGUGACGAUUACUACGCUACAAGUGAGGUUAAUUUCAUUAGGAAAAUCAAUCCUCGGACUCUGGAGACCUUGGAGAAGGUUGACUACACCAAGUACGUGGCCAUCAAUCUGUCAACAUCCCACCCCCAUUAUGACAGUGCUGGAAAUGUUCUCAAUAUGGGUACCUCCAUUGUGGAUAAGGGGAAGACAAAAUAUGUUAUCUUUAAUAUCCCUUCUUCAGCACCAGCAAGUGAAAAGAGGAAAAAGAAGUCGUGCCUGAAACACCUGGAAGUCAUGUGCUCCAUCCCCUCUCGCUCCCUGCUCCACCCGAGCUAUUACCACAGCUUCGGCCUUUCGGAAAAUUACAUCGUCUUUAUGGAGCAGCCCUUCAAACUUGAUAUACUCAAGAUGGCGACAGCCUACAUCAGAGGGGUGAACUGGGCCUCUUGCCUCGUGUUCCAUAAGGAUGACAAGACCUGGAUCCACCUUAUUGACAAAAGGACCAAGAAACCGGUGUCUGCCAAGUUUUGCACAGAUGCCAUGGUCCUCUUUCACCACGUGAAUGCUUACGAGGAGGAGGACCAUGUGGUUUUCGACAUCAUCUCCUAUAAAGACAAUAGCUUGUACCAGAUGUUUUAUUUAAAAAACCUGGGCGGUAACUUUGAAAACAGCACCAAACUCAAUUCUAUACCAGCCUGCAAGCGAUUUGUGAUUCCUCUGCAGUAUGACAAGGAGGCAGAAGUAGGCUCGAAUUUGGUCCAGCUCCCAUCCACCACUGCAACUGCAGUGAAGGAAAAAGAUGGAAGUAUCUACUGUCAGCCUGAAUUAAUAUAUGAAGGAAUAGAGCUGCCUCGCAUCAAUUAUGACUACAAUGGCAAAAAGUACAGAUAUAUCUAUGCCACUCAAGUUAAAUGGAGUCCAGUUCCCACACAGGUAGUUAAAGUUGACACUCUGACGAAGACGGCACUUCAUUGGGAGGAAGAACAUUGCUGGCCAGCUGAACCAAUCUUCGUUCCUAGUCCUAAUGCCAAAGAGGAAGAUGAUGGUAUCAUCUUGUCAUCCAUCGUAACGUCAGAUCCCCAGAAGCUACCUUUCCUGCUGAUACUGGAUGCCAAAACGUUAAAGGAAAUAGCUCGGGCCAUGGUCAAGACAGAUCUGCACCUGGACUUACAUGGCCUCUUCAUACCUGAGAAAGAUUUGAAAAUGGAGCCUGAGGCAGAUUCGGACAACGAACACGAAUAAAAUAGACUGUUUCAUGUUAUAAUCCGAACAUUAAGUCUUGCUGCACACUGCUGAAAAAAAUGCUGUGAUACUCCAGUCCUCAGCACAUGCACCUCUAUAUUUACCUGCAAUGCUGGACUAAUGGCCUGGUUCUUGGCAUAUGGUGCAAGCUGUCUGCAGUAUUUCCUGGGUGCUUUUGCCAAGCUUUGCAAGAUAUCUGUGCAAUGAACAUAUGACUUAGUUGCUUGAACAAAGUGUGUUUACAAUGUGGUGUGUGCAACAUGAAUCACACUUUCCAAAGUUUGAAAUCUUCCAGGAUUGUGUUCAGCACAUAAUUAGAAGAAGAAAACCCCGAUAAUCUGAGUUUGUCAGAAAUUCUGGUGUUUGAUCGCAAUUCAUUUGUGAUUCAUUGUCAGCUGAUUACUUUGGUGCUUCAUUUGCUAAAUCCAACGACCAAAGUGAAAUGUCAAGUUAAGGUGCUAAACGAUUUCUUGACCUGACAUUCUGUAUUAUUUCAAAAGAAGGCAAGGCUCAUCCUCCUUCCUGUGUGGAAAAAAAUGUUUAAAUCCAGAGUGCUUUUAUAUUAUUUUUAAUUAUAUUGUAAUUAUAUUUAAAGCAAGCCUUUUUCCUUUGAAUCCUUCAGAUGUACUUAUUUUUAGAUCUUUUCUUUAAGAACUUCUAAUACAAGUUCAGUGGGCUUACUGUCCUUACUGUCUCAUAAGUGAAUUAUACUUUGCUAUUUCAGCAGAAGCGAGAUUGUGUUCGUAUAUUUUUGUCUGUUUAAGAGAAAUAUAACCAAGCUAAGACUAAGCACUGUGUCCAAAGAACCUAACAAUUAGUAGUGACAAAAGUAAUUUUACAUGCGCAGACAGAAAUACUUGUCUCAUAUGGUAUUCCCUAAGGUAUAUUCAGCAAAAUAUUGUAAUAUAAUAAAGAUAACCUUAGCUAAACACACUGUUCUGAAGCCAAGGGCAAAAGAAACCAGAAUAUGAUUUGACUUCAACUUUAAAUAUGUCUGAUUUUAAAAAGUAAAGGUCCUGAUAGGCAAGUAUUGCCACAAAUGCUUAACAAACGCCAUCUUCUGUUAUUUUGUGAGCUGUAAAAUACUCAUGCAGAAGUCUUUCUUCUGAAUACAUAUAAAGAGCAUUGCACUAUUAAUCCCAGAUCCCCCUUCACCCCCAACUGCACCCCACCCCUGGCACGUCUUUUUGUUAUUAUUUUCAAAUACGUAGCCAAACAUAAAUAGCAUUUUUCUAGUUGUUCUGCAACAAACCGCCUACAGUUCAACCACUGCCUUUUCUUUCGAAGAGCAUUUAACUCUGCACCUCUUAAAGAAAAUGAGCUGCUGGGAAAACUAUUCACCCAUUCUGUAAAAGGGUGUGUGUUGUUCUGUGGGCUUUAUUUAUUUACUUCAUGAAAUUUAUAUACUCUGAAAAACCUCAAAGCGGUUUACAAAAAGAGAGACAGAGAGAGAGAGAGAGAGAGAGAGAAAUUCACAACCAUACUUCAAAACUUUAGUAAUUUAACUUUUGUGUAAGUUAAAUUACUAAAGCACAUUAGAAUUACCUCGACUUUCUAAGCAUCUGGAUAGGCUUGUUUUAGCAGGUUCUUAAAAGAGUAUAGUGAAGACGCCUACUUGAUCUUGAUAGGCAGGGAGAACGCUAAACAAUCAAGUUCUUGCAAAGGCAGAAUAGGUAGGCUAUGUGGCAUCUGUAGUAGUGCCAAUUUCACCGACUGAAGUGGUCAAGUGGGCACAUGUGGGAUAAGGCAAUCUCAUCGGUAAACUGGUCCCAAGUUGUUACGGGCUUUAUAUGCUAAUAGUGGCUCCUGGAACUUGGCAUAGUAGCAAAUCAAUAGCCAGUGAAGAUCUCUGAGCACAAAUGUUAUGGGCUGACACGGCCUCGUACCUGUCAGCAUUCUGCACUAACUGCAGAAGUGGGAGGGAAGCCCCACAUAGAGCGCAUUGCAGUAAUCCAGUCUUGAAGCAGCCAGUUGGCAAGGCUUUCAACAGCUGUCCACUGUAAGAGCGACCCCAAAUGAGUGGCAAAAAGGCUGCCAUUUUUAAAGGUGGCAGCCAUUUUGAAUCCCCCCCAAAUUCAGAAAGCACCUCAGAAUAGUUUUCUAUGGGAAGCAAUACAGGGACUGCUCCGAUUCCCACCCACCCCCUCAACCAGAAUUUCACCUCAUGCCCCUGAAAUGUAACCAAAACAAAACAGCCAAUUUCAAGGUGGGUGAAACAGUAGAGAAAUAGCCUUUGCCUCUUUCUUCCAGCCCGCUGCCCUCCUUAGAGCUCAAUCCAAUGCAUGUUUACUUGGAAGUAAAUUUCACUGUAAUCAGUGUACUUGAUCCUUCAGAAGGAUACAGUCUUAAGCACUAUACAAGAUCCAGCCAUUUAGAAUAGCAUUCUGCCACCAUAGCAGUUGAUUUGUCUGCGAUCCUUUGAAAUUAUGGACAUUAAUUCAAUAACUCACUGCCCAUUUUCUAUAGCAAAAAAAGUGACAGCCAUAAAGCUUGGAAAACAGCAGAGGGACACAUAGCUCUCACUUCUUCCUGUUCUCAUUUGAAAGCCACCAUUUUGUGGCAGGGUCGUUGCCAUUCUUAUAUUUUGACUCUCUCCUUCCUCCAGGUUCAAUACCCUGGCAUCUCCAGGAAGAGUUAGAGGAGACCCCCAUAGGAAAUCCUGGAGAGCCACAGCUACUCAGUGUAGAAAGUACUGAGUGUAUCUGGCAGUUUCUUAUGUUCCCAAACAGCCUCUGGAAGGCAGAUAAGGUUCCUCCUGCUGUUAUUAAAUCUUCAUUCUCUCAGUACUGCUGCAUACACAAAAAUGCAUACAGUUGGAAUUUAAACCAGGUUUCCUCAACAUGGCACUCACCAGGUGUUUUUGGACUACGGCUCCUAAACCAAUCCAUAAGAGUAGCGUGCCAAUUUUUUUAAAUAAAAGCACAUUGCCUGUAUCAUAACAAAUGAAUCCUCAAUCUGGAAAGGAGGGUGAUUCGGAUACUAUAUUCUAACUGGGUGGCCAUUCAUGGACAGAAAUCAAACGUACAGUAAUUCUGUCUUAACAAGGAACUUGGCAUGGUGCAAGGAGAUUACAGUCCAGGUGCCAUUGCAUUAUUCUGUCUCAUGCUAGCUUAAUUUUCACUUUGGCUCCCCCUAGAAUUCGAUAAACGUCUUUGGAGCUGAAGAAUGUUUCAGACCAGAGAUGAUUUGGGAAAUCACCGUAAUGUGUAUAAACACAGUAAGCUGUCAGACCCAUUGAAAUUAAGUUAAAUAUCACGCAGUUCUUGCUUCAUUUGUUCUGAUUAACUCCAGGGGGCAUGGUAUUUUUACCAAGGGAAUUUCUGGUGGGAAGCUAAAAUCCCAGGUAUGUUCAAUAGAAACCAAUAUGUUUAUUUUAGACUGUUAGCAACUGAGGGCAGUUUGCACAAUCCUUCAAUGCUUUUUAACAAAAUUAGAAUUUCACGUGACAAAGGUAAAGGUCUGUGCAAGUGUUCCCCCGACUCGCAGAGUCCCAGUUUCAAUGCUCAGCCUUAACCAUUGUUAAGCUUGUGGUAGCAUCAUAGCUUGAGCUCGUUUCACUUGGGUCUCUUUUUCUCAGAAUAACUUAUCAAGAUUUACAAUUCCUUGUGGAGUAUGACUAAAAUGAGUAAGACUUUUUUAAAAAAAUGAAGAUAAUUAUGUCAGUUCAUUUGGUGAAAAUGUAUAUAUCGAUACUGCAGCAUAAUUUCAUUAUGAUGGCCAAUGGUGGGGGAGACAUGAAGUAGUAUGCAAGCUUUUGUGUUUUCUUAAGUGACAAAACAAAUUUGGAAGGGAGGAAAGUUUGGAGAGAGAAAAGAUGUUGUUGAGCACGAUUUAAAAAAAUAAAACAAAAACAGUCUAUGGUCACAGCCACACCAUCCAUUUAAAGAACCCUGGGGAACUCACAAAGCUAUGAUUUCCAGCACCCUUAACACAAUCAGAGACGUCUUUCGCAUAGGGUUUAAUGGUGCAUCGCGCCAGGGUGCCGGCCUCUCAGGAGCGCCCCAGCGAGUGGGGGAGCUGCAUGGCUAUGCUGACG